AUGGAAGUAAUUCAAAUGGAACUGGGCUUAAGUGGCAAAAAAGCAGCUAAACAUGUGACAGAAAAUUUUAUUAAACCAAUUAAUUUGGAGUUUGAAAAGAUUUACUUUCCUUACCUAUUGGUUAAUAAAAAAAGAUAUGCUGGGCUGUAUUGGACUAACACAGAAAAAUGGGACAAGUUGGAUUCUAAAGGCAUUGAAACUGUAAGACGUGACAAUUGUCUUCUUGUUCAAAAUGUCAUAGAGACAUCCUUGAAAAAGAUAUUGAUUGACCGAGAUAUUGAAGGAGCUGAAACAUAUGUUAAGAAUGUUAUAUCUGAUUUAUUACAAAAUAAAAUUGAUAUGUCACAACUAGUAAUUACAAAAGCUUUAAGUAAAUCAGGUAUUGUAAAAUAUUUGGGUCCAUUUGUAAAUAAAAUGCAAUAUGCACCUUCUGACAAGGCCACACAGGAAAAAACCAAUAAAAUUGCAAGGAAUUUAUUCAGUCCACAUCUUAUCUGGAUAAAUUUCUUGGCUGAUCGUUUCCAAGCCUUUCAUUAUAGAAGUACUGAAUUAGUACAACUUUAUAUCAGACUUUUUCUAAAAACAUUAAAUGCAUCCAGCACUUUGAGCAAUCAUACUCUAUCACUUGAAGGAAGACUACAAAUUCUUAUUAACGGGUUUAAAUUAAUACAAUCUCAUCAAUUGGAGGCAUCAACUGAAUAUAUUUUUCGUAGAAGCCUUUUUGGUUCAGCUUUUAAUUGGUUUUCUUUGCCACCAAG